UGUUCCGUCUUUCGCCGGCACAACUCAUUCUUCGUUGCGACAAGCCCACUUGACUUAAUCCAGUCACUCCACUAGAUUAUCCGCCAUAAUCGAAACGACCAAAUCCGAACCAGCAACCGCUGUCCUACAGCAGGAGAUUCUACAACAAACACGCCUCUGCUCCCUGCGACUGGCUUAGAUCUCCGCUUCCGCCAUGUCCGAGUACAGCUACGACGACCGCCCGCGUCGUCCCCGCCGCACUCGCGAGCGCGAGCCUGAAUACAUCGCCGAAACGACCUACAUCGAGCGCGGCGGAAAAGGCGCUCCCGUUCGGGAUCUCGUCUACCGCCCCCGUGAAGACAGCAUCGAGGACAUUCCGCGCGACUUCCCUCCCCCUGGCGCCGAGUUUAGACAGACCAGGUAUCGUGAGACGUAUGAGCCACGCCGUGCCCGCUCGGUGAACCAUCGCAAGCACGAUGACGAGUACUCGUACGCUAGCUAUGAUCACGGACGCCGCCGCGACCGUGACCGCGAUGGCUAUUACUCUGACGAAUAUGAGCGACCACGCCGCGAGCGCCGCAAGUCAAUCGUCGACAACCUUAAAGAGAUUGGCGAAGGCGUCGGUCUUGGAGGCGUCAUUGGCGCUGUCACCGGUCGUAGCCGAUCCCGUUCUCGACACCGUGACCACCGUGGCUACGACAGCGACAGGUAUGGUGAUCGCCGCCGCUAUUCAAGCUCUCGGAGCCGGAGUGGGGGUCGCCGCAGUACUGAGAAGAAGUGGGAGCAGGCCGCCAAAGCCGCCCUCGUAGCCGGAGCCGUUGAAGCAUUCCGCAGCCGCAAAACUCCCGGUCCAUGGACUGGCGAGAAGGGUCAACGCAUUGCAACCGCCGCUCUCGGUGCCGCCGGUAUCGAUAGCCUUGUCGACAAAGACCCAGACAGGAAGAGCAAGCGACAUGUCGCCGAAUCAGCUAUCGGUGGUCUACUCGCCAAUCGCCUCGCCAACGGCAGUGCUCGAUCUCAGUCCCGCGGCCGUGACGGCUCUAGGUCUCCCUCGCGCUCUCGCUCUCGCUCUCGAUCAAGGUCAAUCUUCGGACGUGGACGCUCUCAAUCGCGUGGACGCGGACAAGGAGGCGGUAACGCUCUCCGUGACGUUGCCGGUGCUGGAGCCGUGCUUGCGGCAGGCAAAGCCCUUUACGACCGCGUCCGCUCCAAGUCUCGCUCCAAGCGUGACCGUUCGCGCAGCGUUUCUAGCGAAGACAGCUACGUCCCCUCCCGUAACCGGGGCAAUCGCACCCGUAGCCGGGGCCGAAGUAUGGAUGACUAUUCGGAGGCUCCCCGAGCUAACGCGGACCGCAGCUUAGCGACGAAAAAGGCGCAAAAGAAGAGGGACAGCAGCUCGGAUUCGGAGAGCACGACGGAUAUGGAGUACAGACGCAAGAAGUUGAGAGGUAAGGAACUCCUUACUGCCGGGCUUGCUACAGUCGCGACGAUCCACGCCGCUCACGGCGUGUACUCGUCCAUGGUUGCUUCUGAAAACCGGCGCAAGCUCGUCUCCGAGGGCGAAAUGACGCCCGAAGAGGCGCGUAAGCGCAAGUCUAAGAAUAUGUUGCAAGAUGCGGCGGCGGUGGGCAUCGCUGCUCUUGGCAUCAAGUCGGCGUUCUCGGAGUGGAAGGAGAUGAAUGAGCAGCGACAUAGUGUGAAAGAGCUCGAGACACGCCGGAGGAAGAGGAGAAAGGCUCGAGAACGUCGCGAGAGAGAGGCCCGGCAGAACGCCCUUCAUGGUAUUGGGAAUGGAAUGGCUAAUCCGUAUGCCUACCCUGUAGCUGCAAACCCCUAUCCGACGACAUACAAAGAUGCGAACCCGUAUGGCGCGGUGCCGCCGCCACCGAUUGGGCCGCCCCCGGGCUCGAGAUACUAGAUUGGUUUCCUUGAUUCUUUCCCUCUCCUUGCCUACUCCUGUUCUUGCUCUGUUUCUUUAUCCUGGUAAGAGGAAGACUUUGGAGGUGGU